AUGCCUAAAGAUAAGCAAUCAUUAUCUCGACACCUUAAAUUAUUAAUUUCUGAGUUCGGUAAAGAUGUGUUUUCCAUUGAUAAUGUUGCUCUAUUUUGUAAACUUUCCAAAGUGAAAGUUGAUCCCGUAAGACGAUCUAAUAUUACACAGUACAUAAAAACAGAGAAACAUCAUCGUUUUAUAGAACGUAAACUUAAUCAAAAAACAGCCAACAAUUAUUAA